ACAAAUAAAGGCGAUGCCCUUGCAAACCGUGUCCAGAAUACGUUGGGAAAUUAUGAUGAGAUGAAGGACUUGUUAACCAACCAUUCCAACCAGAGCCACCUUGUAGGAAUCCCAAAGAAUUCUGUCCCGCAGACACCCAUUGAUAAAAAUGAACAGAACUUUUUCCCUGAACCAAGAAACAGGAUGAUCCCAUCUCAUCAGAUCAGUGGCCACUCAUCGGCAUCAAUGCCUCCACCUUCGUCAUUGUCAUCUAAUUCUUUGCUACACAGUCAUCAGAGCAGCAGGAAGUCGAGGACAGACUGGUCACGUGGUGGUCACAACUCUAGUGGGGCCCAGCCAAGCCAGUCCAGUAGCCAGCAGAGUCGGACAAAGCAUAGCUCUUCUCAUGACCAGCCGCAGGGCAGGUAUGAAGACCUCUAUAACUGCCAGAGUGAGCAGCAUAAAAGUGGAGGAACUGAGGAAGCAAAUUCUAUAGCAGCAUCUUCCCAUUCGAGGAGGCAUACUCACUCCAAGUCAGCAGCGGGAGAACAUACUUACAAAGAAAACAGUCAUUCGAAGUCACCCACAGACCUUGAGUUUGUAGGUCAUGGUCCGGGAUCGCCACUUCCUUCCACAUCUCUGUUAUCUGCGAACAAUGGCCUUUCGACCCAGAAUUUCCCACCAGGACUUCACUGUAAAAACAGCAUGGUCCAGCAAAAGCCUACAGCCUAUGUCAGGCCUAUGGACGGUCAGGACCAGGUACCCAAUGACUCACCCGAACUGAAACCUCCCAUAGAAAUUGAGAGUGGAUAUGGAAAUCAGUCCUUUGGCACCCUGCUGGAAGGAAAAGUGAACCCACCUAGUUCCAAGAACAAAGUACCAAAGCUCAACAUUCCUCCUGUUACUGAA